UGUGAAGACAAAAUGUGCAGCGUUGUCGAUGCAACCUCCUGCUAUUGGAAUACAGCGGUUAAGUACAUUGUAAGGGACAUGAUUUCCCAGCUCGCAGCGGAGACAGCGCACCUGAAAAAGCUAUGUGGCAUGAAAAAAAAGUUGCCGCCUGUAUCAAACUGCACGUUCUUCUAUGCCGGAUGUAGCGAAGAUGUUGGAAGGCAUUUCCAAGUACAAGAACACGGCUACCAGGUAGUGCAAAGACAUCUUGUGGAUCGCGCCAAAUGCGAAACACUGGGCAUACUGAACUCCUGCAUCGACACAACUUCAUUGCUGCAAAAGUGCCGCAUUAGCCUUGUCUUAGAGCCAACGGUUGAGAAUGCUCGCAAUAACGCCAAAGCUGCAUCCAAACUGGGUCUUUGUCUACGGGACGUCCUGUCACCCUGCUCGAAGGGAGAGCACCAGUAUGCCAAGGACCACGUCGUCAACUCGUACACAGUGGCCUUGAUGGCAUUCUUUUGGCAUGACAGUGUGACCGUGCCCCAUGUCUUACCUUCGACCUGGAAGCCAAGGACAUUCGAGUUUAAUGAUACUGACGGCAACCCUACAACAACACCAGCAUCACAGAGUGGUGCUGCUGUAAUGCUGCCCCUUGGUGCCUUGCUUCUCCUCCUGAUCACCCUAUUGGGGACAUAUACCGAGUUGUCUGGCGCAUUGCAGUAGGGAAUGUAUUUACUUUAAUUUUCUAGUAUUCCUAGCGCUUAUGAAUUGUAUGCUCUGCCGAGAUCUUCCUGCGCCAAAAAAAUGAGCUGAAUCUCCAAAACCACAACAUUAGCGGCGAAGCCAAAAAUGUGUUUCGCGGUUGGGGGAGGCACCCACUUGACUGGAGACGACGGGGUUGAGGAUGGAGGGAGGGCUGGGUAGGCCCCAUA